CAAAUGUUUUGGAAGUCAAACGGACUUCCGGAACAGAUUCCAUUCGACUUCCAAGGUAUGACUGUACUACUGGAAAUAUCCUUCCCAUGAAUAAGGAAGUGAACUACAUUAUACAUUCCACCUGAUCAAUAAUAAUUAAAAAGCCAUACCCAACUAAAUUAUAUUCAUAGACCUGCUGAAAUUAAAGGACCUAAGACUUGCCUAUUAAUUUAAAUGGGCCUACUCUAAGCAGGAGUAAUGUUGAAUAAAGCCCAAUACAGUCAUACCUUGGGUUGAAGUCACUUCAGGUUAAGCCUUUUCGGGUUGCGCUCUGCGGCGACCUGGAAAUAACGGAGCGUGUUACUUCCGGGUUUUGCCGCUCGCGCAUGUGCAGACGCUCAAAAUGAUGUCACACGCAUGCGCGGAAGUGGCAAAUCACUACACGCGCAGACACAGGUUGCGUUUGCUUCAGGAUGCGAACAGGGCUCCGGAACGGAUCCCGUUCGCAUCCAGAGGUACCACUGUACUAUAAUAAUAAUUUUGUAGCAUCCAAGUAAAACUUAAGUCAGGUAAAAGUGACAAAUAAGUGUGCAAUGUCUUAUUGAUUGUGAGAAUGGAAGGUGCCAGGUGAGGGUAGCCAAUGGGUUUCAAACUCUUGGUGAGUUAGGGAUUUCCCCUGAAUGCAAAGACGGGCUCUGGCAGAUUGAGCGGAUAAGACCAAUAGUGGGUCCAACGCUCAAGAAGGCGGUUAUUGUAAGUGCUGUAGAGGGAAAUGAGGGGCAGAUGGGGCUCGUCUACCUGGGAAGGUAGCCCAUCCACUAUACUCUUUCAUGAGAAUGUCUUCAGGAGUAAACCCUAAGGCAGGUAUGUCAAAAGUCUGUUUUGGGGGCCAGUCAGUUUAAUCUGGCCCCUGUGAUAGUUUAUUUCAUGAGGUAAAAUCCUAAGAAAAGCUCAACAACUUUGGUCGGCCCUUACGCAUGUUCACUUCAUCAAAUUUGGCCCUCUUUAAAAAAAAUAUGGACACCCCUGCUAAGGAAAAAUCCAUGUACUGUACUCACUGCCUUGAAGGACAUCUUCAGGAGAACAAAAGGCUAAGGAGUAAACCCUAAUCAAGAGCAGAGUCCUUAAGGUGGUUGGAUGGUGUCUUGUAUGCCUCCUUCCGGCAACUCCUGCAGCCAAGCUGGUGUCAUAUGUAUUGCUCUGCUUUCCUUUGGGCCACAUCAGUGAGGAUGAGAGAAGGGUCUUGUCUUCCAGGCAGCUCAGGACCUCCAUACACCCUGCUCAGCCUUGCGCCCCAGAGAGGUCACUUCAGUACUGCAAACACAGCAAAAACGACAUAGGAGGCAGCAGUUAUGAGUUGCCAUAGCAGGUGCUGCGAUUCGCCAGUGGUUUGGCUUCACCCCCAGAGGCACAUUCCAUUGCCAGACAGACGAAUGCUGACAAUAUACUUUUCUUUAUUGCCGUUUGGGAUGGUUCACAAUGGACCAUUACAACUAUAAGCAUCCAUUUGAAAAACAAAACAAAAAACAAAAAAGGGGGAAAGACAAUAAAUGGUUUUUAAUUAUUUUGCUACAAAGCAUCUGAUAUAUGUAAAAGCACUUUACUCAUUCUAAUUAUUAACGAUAAAUAUAAUAAUAUAAAAUAUAGUUACUCUUGUUAUAAUUAUUAUGAUUAUUGCGAAAAUAAUAAAAGUUUGUUUUUUAUUUAGUAUUUGCGAGCAAUGAAUAAUUAUGUAACCUGCAUAUAUUAGCAAAAUGUAUGCAAAACAAUAUUUGCAUAGGCAGCAACAGCGACGCGGUCCCCUUCCAUCGCCUCGCAACUCCCUAGUAACUAUGGAAACCGAAGCUCUCCCUCCUCCGGUUCAGUUCUAGGACGAUCCCACCAAUCGGCGAUAAGGGCCAAGGGUGGGGUGACCACUCAGGCUCCAGAAAGCGCGGCGGCUCCUCGCCUCCUCCAAUCACCGGGCCGAAAGCGGACCGCGGUCGUCGCGGCUGACGGAGCUGGGCUGAGCCAAUCGGAAGAAACAGCAGGCGGAGAGAGGCCCGCCCUUGCCUUCCCCCUCAGCUCCCUUCGGCGCGACGCACUCAAAGACAGUUGGCCGAGAACGGCGACGGGCGAGGAGGAGCCCCAAUGAGCGCUGCUGGGGAGGCGGGCGGAGCGGGAGCCAUUCAGGAGGCGAGGAGGCAAGAGAGUGACUAGAGGGAGCCCCGCCUCCCUAGCGAGCGCAGCCAAUCAGGCAGAAGGGGGCGGGUCCCUCGAGGCCUCCGCUUUGUGGUGGGUAAGUGGGGGAAAGAAGGCGCUCUUCCACCACCCAAUGCACCCCCUGUUGGGGGGGAGGAAGAAGGGCGCUUUCCCUUAUAGAUAUAUGUCUGUAGUGCAUUGUGGCGGGGAGGAAGCACGUUAUCUCCCUCUGAGGGUGGCACCUGGGGAGGGGGGGCAACUUGGGGAGGGGGUCACGCAGUGGGGGAGGGGCAAACUGAGGCGCAUUUGUGGGGUUCCCCUGCUUUUAUUAUGGGGGUCACAGAGGCCAAGGCGGGGCAGAAGGAAAUAAAGGGGGUAUUCAUUAUAAGGGGGUCCCCAUCAUAUUUGCAGGCUUCAUUGGGGGGAGGGCAGGGGGGUGGAAAUGCUGAGGUCAGUUGAGGGGGAGUCACAAAUGAUCCUCCCACCUUAUGGGAAAGGAGAUUAUUAUAUAAUUAUUGGGGGGUUGGGAUCAAAUAACGGGGAGAAGUCCCAGGAGUUGGGAUAUAGGGUAAGGAGGGUGCAGGAGUGGGGAACACAGACUUUGUUCUCAGUUAUGGAGAGUGUGCGCUGCCAUCAUAGGAAUACAUCAAUGGGCACGCAGUUGACAUAGGGAAUUUGUGGCCCUCCCAACUUCCAUCGGCCCCCCAGUCAGCGUGGUCGGGGGUGCUGGGAGUUGUAGUUCAGUGACAUUUGGAGGGCCGUGCUGCUGUGGGUUAAACCACAGAGCCUAGGGGUUGCCAAUCAGAAGGUUGGCGGUUCAAAUCCCCCCAGCUUCUGCCAACCUAGCAGUUCAAAAGCACGUCAAAGUGCAAGUAGAUAAAUAGGUACCACUCCGGCGGGAAGGUUAAUGGCGUUUCCGUGCGCUGCUCUGGUUCGCAAGAAGCGGCUUAGUCAUGCUGGCCACAUGACCCGGAAGCUGUACGCCGGCUCCCUCGGCCAGUAAAGCGAGAUGAGGGCCGCAACCCCAGAGUCGGCCACGACUGGACCUAAUGGUCAGGGGUCUCUUUACCUUUACCUCUGGUUUAGGGAAUUAGAAGGUGCAAACUGAGGUAUUUGAUGGUGGGGUUGUGGGUUCAGAACGGGGGAAAUUGGGAAAUUCUGGAUUGGCAUUAGUAAUCUGGGCAGGGACCUGGUUGGCAGCCGGUGAAAUAUUUGCAAACAGUGGAGCACAGUAACGGGGUGGGGGGUGGGGGCUGUAGAACAGGAGUUGGGGUGGGGGUUGUAGGAGACCUUAAGUCAACAUGCCGUUGCUUUGCAGCCUCCAGAUGGGAAAAGCUGGAUGCUUGGGAGAUGGAGUUUCAGGCAGCAGAGUUGGCAGUGCCCUCUCUCUCUCUUUAUUACCUUUUACAUCUGGCAGUUCCCAUGUUUAGUCUGCAACCUCUCCAGUUUAGAAGGCUGUUAGGUAGAAUGGCUAAGAAAAACAUCCACCUGAGACCUUGAGGAGUCUUUCCCAGGCAAAACAGGCAAGGCAGAGCUAGACUGAGAUCAGUGUUCCAGCCAGCAUAAGGCAGCUUUUAAUGUUCAUUAUUCAUUACUAUCUACUCAGAUGAAUAUCCUGCAUUGCCUAGGGCACAUAUCAUUAAUAUUUUUAAGCAUUCUGAGAGCAGGCAGAAACAUUCUAAAAUUACAGUCAACAACUGAUUUCAAGAUUGAUCUUACGGUCAGCCCUUAAAUGCCACAUUCCUCUUGAAAGUCAAUAAUGAAGGAGGCAGACACACCUCAUUGUAGAAUGUGAGAUAGUUGAUCUUGGGUUAGGUGCCCUUUUGGGUACUUUGCUCCCAAGUCAUUUAGGGCUAGCACUAACCCCUUGAAUGUAUUUCUAGCAAAAUGUUUUCUGCAUAAAUAAAGGGGGAAGGGGUCAACCUCCUAAAAGCCAUUUCUUACAAGUUACCAAGUUUUCCCUCCACUCUCUCUUGUUCCCUCUCCCCCCUCCCCUGCUUUCUCAAGGAGUCUGGACUAUGCUGUUGGUCAACCCCUCGUCGUGAAAGAGCUGUCCCAGCAUGGAGUUCCCCAACCACAGCAAGAACUUGCUGCAGAGCCUCUGGGAGCAGCAACACGAGGGCUUCCUUUGUGACUGCACGGUCCUCGUGGGCAGCACCCAGUUCCUGGCCCACCGGGCAGUGCUGGCCUCCUGCAGUGCCUUUUUCCACAUGUUUUAUAAGGAGCGGCUGGACAAGAGGGACUUGGUCUCCAUUAACAAUGAGAUCGUCACGGCGCCCGCCUUUGGGCUGCUGCUGGAAUUCAUGUACAAAGGCAGCCUCUCCUUCAACGACAUGCCAGUGGAAGACAUCCUGGCGGCCGCCAGCUACUUGCACAUGAACGACAUCGUCAAGGUGUGCAAGAAGAAGCUGCAGGCCCGCGCCUUGGCAGAAGCCGACAGCACCAAGAAGGAGGAGGAUGCCCUGGGCAGCUCAGAGCUUCUGCCCAGCACCUCCAAGUGCCAACUUCAAACGUCCGGAGCCCAGCCGCUGCCGCCCCCUCAGCCAAGCGAAGCAGGAAAGAGCAAGAAGCAGGAGUGGAAAGGUGGAGAGAAAAUGGUUUCCGAGGAGCCAUUGGCCUCCACUUUGGACAUGGCGGACACCACUCAGCCAGGGAUGGAAGCUCCUCCUCCUCCUGUGAGGUCUCUUCCACCCCCCGUCAUUGACAUCUCCCUCUCCAGCCCUAGCAGCUCCACCGAAACCAUUUCACACAGCUGCUCGCCACCGAGGAACGCAGCUGAGGGUCAUGCCGGCCCUCCGGAGAGGUAUGUGGAACAACAGACAAGUGGUCUUGGUGUGUUUUCCCAGAAAGAGCCAAGCAGGUCCUCUGUCAAGGUCAAGGUGGAAGCCAUCGUGAUCUCCGACGAGGAGCCGGACAUGAUGGAUCAACUGGAGGGGCAGAGCGCAGAUUUGAGGCUGGAGACGAUAUUCCAGAGGUCCGCUGUAGAGGCAGGGCCUGCCGGAGGCUGUGGGCGCCACCCCGACAGCUUUGAAGAGCCAGGUGGGAUGGAAGAGGUCUCUUCCGAGAGCGGCUUCCUGCCUCAAGAGCACGUCCCGUACCACAUGAUCCCUGUGCCUGCCGGACAAAGCUUCUCCAACAUGGUGACUCCGCCCUUGCACGAACAGAUGUACUUGCAGGACUACGAGUCCCACUCCAACUUUGGCAUCUUCACGGAAGACGUCCCCACCUGCAAGACAUGCGGGAAGACCUUCUCGUGCUCCUACACCCUGCGGCGCCACGCCACCGUCCACACGCGGGAACGCCCCUACGAGUGCCGCUACUGCAUGCGGAGUUACACGCAGUCCGGAGACCUUUACCGGCACAUCCGCAAGGCCCACAACGAGGACCUGGCAGCCAAGCGUUGCAAACAGGAUGUUGAGAACCCUUCGUAGGGGGCCUAUACCCCCGCCCAGUUUGGGCCGUAGGGCAGGUGGUUCACGACUGAGCAGAUGGAGGGUUCCCAACAUGCAAGGACAAAAAACAACCCCAUCCCUUUUGUAAAACAUUGUGCAGAAGCCAGGAGGCAGAGAGAGAGAGAGAGCCCUAACUGUCCGAGCCAAUGAUGGGGGCUCAUCCUAUCAGGUUCAACCUUCCCUCCUGGCUUCCUAAUCAUUUCCCCACCUUGCCCUUGAGAAUUUCUUGUUUGUUUUUCCACGAGGUGAAUUGUUGGGAAAUGCAGGUUUGCACCCGGGUCAUCCCUGUGCAUCAUUUGGAAGAAGUAAACGUAAAAGGAACUGGGGAAGGGGUUCAUCCUCCCACUCCAGUAUUUAUUAAUGUACAAACUCGUGGCUGCAGGUUUAAUAUGAAGUUGGAGCGGUAUUUAAGCUUGAGCUCUAGGUAUUGCUGCCUAGAGGGCAUUCUGUUUUGUGGGAGGAAAGGCCUGAAAGCCUUUUGUUCGACAGUUGUUGGAAAUCAGAAUUUCACUUGACAGCAGGGGGGAUGGGAACAGGGCUCUAGCCCUCCUGGAUGCACAGAAAAAGAUUGCAUAGGGGGAGAAGCGCCUGUGAGGAAGACUAUGUUGAAAGGCAUGGUUCUGACUCUAUCCCACCAUGCAGUGCAGGUGGGACUCAUUGGGAGAAGUAGGCAGUGUUCCUUUUCAAAACAGCCCCCUGCCCCACUCUUUGUGACACGUUGGAUGUCAUGAUAGUCUAAAACAGUGGAGGCUGAUGCGAGAGAAAGUGGGGCACUGACCCGCCAACUUCAUGCCUGACUUUAGCCAACUUCCUUGGCUCUGCCUUCUGCUUACCCUCAGACCAGGGGUUGCUCUGCCUGUCAUUGGCUCUGGCGCCACCUACUGUUGGUCUCCCUGCCUUCCAUCCUACAAGGCAGCCCUGUAUCCGGAAGUUUUCCAUGUUUGACUUUUUUUGUGUGUGUUUAUUAUGCUGGAAGCUGCCCAGAGAGUGGCUGGGGCAACCCCGUCAGGUGGGUGGAGUAUAAGGAAUAAAUUAUUAUAUUAUUAUUAUAGUCCCAAUAGGCACUAGCCCAGUCUAAAGCAGGCAGUGCACAGACCCCCACCAGCUGCAUCCCUGUUUUGAAAUGCUCCCAUUUUACAGACUAAGAUCAAAGUCCGAGAGAUGGGACUUGCCAGGGUCAUGCACAGCGCAGGUGAGAUUUUAACUUUUCCCACUUCCAAGUCACUUCCGACGCUCUUUCCCGUUUUCAAGCCUGCUCACUUCAGAGCAGCCACUGCCAGCCUCAACCUUCCUCCCAGGACUUGCCAACCCUCCCACUGUGAAAUGUGUUUCUCCAACCUGUUUGUUCUUAUAAGCAGCUACAAAGCAGCCUCACUGCCAAGGAUACCCAUUUAACAGUAAAAAAAAACAGGCAUCAAGUGCUCCAGUACUCUCUCCUCUGUGAUUUUGGGGUGUGGGUGGGUGUGGGGGUUUGUGGGUGGGGGUUUUUCCUCUCCUCUAAGGCUAGGGAUUCCCAAAUUGUGGUCCGUGGCAUAGCUACAUUAAAUACCAACAUUCAUUUUAAGUAGUAUUUUUAUUACUUCUUUAACUUCUUACAUUGCAUUUAACUGAAGUGCAGUUUGACGUCUACAGGAUGCAAGCUAAUACAAUGUAAGAAAUAAAAGACGCAAUAACCGUACAAUUAAAAAUCACACGGUAUCUAGAUUGACACAUUACCAGUGCUACAAUAGGCAGAAAAAUAAUGCAAGGAGUCCACCAAGACUAACCAGCGAUUUCCAGCUGGAUGGCAGGGAAGGGGGCAAGGGUCAGGACGCAGCUGGGGUUCUGCAGAGCUGAUCUUAAGCAAAGACUCCUUUGCUUUCAUCCAUCUUCUUGAGAUAUCCAAGAGUCUGAAUCAGGCUUGACGCAGAAUACCUUGAUGCCAAUUAUGUCAUGUAGGAAACCGAGGUGCACGGGGAAGAGAAGAGUGCCAUCCCCCACAAAAGCAGAUUUUGGCAGGCAAAACAUGUUUUCAAACUGUAUUUUCUACUCAAGAGUGGUAGAUUUAACAUGCAAGGUACAAAGUAAUUGAAGUGUUGAACAAAGUGACAUUUCCCCCCGUUACAGUAAACCGUAAUUUUAUAUUA